CCCGCACCGACAAGUUCAUGAUAGGGGAGACCAAGUGGCUCUAAUGGCACAAGCUUCUAUGAGGAUUUUCAGUAAAUUGAUUGGCUGACACGAGGAAGCUGAUCUCACCCGUUUCUUGGGUCGAUGUAUAUACAUACAUACAUGCAAGUAUUGUCGUUGAGAAUUUGAGACUCUGAUCCGUUGCAAAAAGCCGGAAGCUUUUCUUGAACAUACACACAUAAAUCUCCCAUGGCUGCAUUUGCAACCGCAGAAGCGUGUGACAGCAACGCAGCACUAAUAUCAAAUGGAGACCUACGCGCUCUCCACCCAGUCUUCAAGAUCUAUGGCCAAAGAAGAUGCUUCUCAGGACCAAUCGUGACACUCAAGGUCUUUGAAGACAAUGUCCUAGUCAGAGACCAACUAGAGACCAAAGGAGAAGGCAGAGUCUUGGUUAUAGACGGUGGUGGAAGCAUGAGAUGCGCGCUUGUUGGAGGAAACCUCGGACAGUUAGCUCAGAACAACGGAUGGUCAGGGAUUGUGGUGAAUGGAUGCGUAAGAGAUGUGGAUGAGAUCAAUGACUGUGACGUUGGUGUUAGGGCAUUGGGUUCUAAUCCAUUGAAGUCUAGUAAGAAAGGUCAUGGUGAGAAGAAUGUGCCCGUUUACAUUUGUGGAACUUUGGUUAGAGAUGGAGAGUGGCUUUAUGCUGAUAGUGAUGGUGUCUUGAUCUCCAAGACCGAACUCUCCGUUUGAUUCAGAGGGUUUGAUUGAUGUGCCAAGAGAAGAGACUUCCGUCAUUUUGUGGACCCAGCUGGUUUUAUCACGAAAUCUGAAUAAUUUGUUUAAUAUUCUAUAAACCCAAUUAAGUGGUGUUUGUGAACUGCUGUUACAUUACAAAAAUAAGAAUGAAUUAUUUAUUUUAUUCGAAGUGAAUCAAAACCUUUA